AUGGCGAAACUGUAUGAUCCUCUGGGUAUAGCUGCUCCGUAUUUACUCACGGCGAAAGUAAUCUUCCGGGACAUUUGCGAUCGGAAACUUGGAUGGGACGUUGAGCUGCCCAAAGAUCUUAAAAGCCGAUGGGAGAGAUGGUUAGACAGUCUGCCAAGUGUGUUAACCUUCCCAAGAAGCAUUCCUCGAGAGAGAGCAUCAAUUACCGAGAUUCACAUCCAUGGGUUUGCCAAUGCCAGCAUUCUGGGAUGUUGUGCUGUUAUCUAUGUAGUGGCAAAGCAGGGUGAACUAGUUUCUCGAGGUCUGCUGGUAUCCAGAGCACG